AUGCCACACCCGUCUCCAGCAUCCAUCCUACAUGUGUCCAGCAUCCAUCCUACAUGUGUCCAGCAUCCAUCCUACAUGUGUCCAGCAUCCAUCCUACAUGUGUCCAGCAUCCAUCCUACAUGUGUCCAGCAUCCAUCCUACACGUGUCCAGCAUCCAUCCUACAUGUGUCCAGCAUCCAUCCUACAUGUGUCCAGCAUCCAUCCUACAUGUGUCCAGCAUCCAUCCUACAUGUGUCCAGCAUCCAUCCUACAUGUAUCCAGCAUCCAUCCUACACGUGUUCAGCAUCCAUCCUACAUGUGUCCAGCAUCCAUCCUACACGUGUCCAGCAUCCAUCCUACAUGUGUCCAGCAUCCAUCCUACACGUGUCCAGCAUCCAUCCUACAUGUGUCCAGCAUCCAUCCUACAUGUGUCCAGCAUCCAUCCUACACGUGUCCAGCAUCCAUCCUACAUGUGUCCAGCAUCCAUCCUACAUGUGUCCAGCAUACAUCCUGCAUGUGUCCAGCAUCCAUCCUACAUGUGUCCAGCAUCCAUCCUACAUGUAUCCAGCAUCCAUCCUACACGUGUCCAGCAUCCAUCCUACAUGUAUCCAGCAUCCAUCCUACACGUGUCCAGCAUCCAUCCUACAUGUGUCCAGCAUCCAUCCUACACGUGUCCAGCAUCCAUCCUACAUGUGUCCAGCAUCCAUCCUACACGUGUCCAGCAUCCAUCCUACAUGUGUCCAGCAUCCAUCCUACAUGUGUCCAGCAUCCAUCCUACAUGUGUCCAGCAUCCAUCCUACACGUGUCCAGCAUCCAUCCUACACGUGUCCAGCAUCCAUCCUACAUGUGUCCAGCAUCCAUCCUACACGUCCCCAACAUCCAUCCUACAUGUGUCCAGCAUCCAUCCUACAUGUGUCCAGCAUCCAUCCCAUCCCACAAUUAUCUCCAUUAGUUCACUCCUGA